CGACUUUCAACUCCUAGGUGUUUCUUAAAGUUUCCUUCAAUUUAAUUGAACUUCAAACAGUAAUAGUAUUCAAUGCCGCGUUUUCGUGCUGGAUCCCGAAUACUUAAGCCCACCCCAAACCGGUCUUUCAAUGCAUAUUUGACGUUGGGGUCACAUUUCGUUCAAGGCGAUUGAAGCAAACAACAUCGACUCAGUCGCUCGUCAUAACAAACCCUACUUCACCAUGCAUUUCAACACAGCAACCCUCCUGCUCGCCCUGUCUAGCGCAGUCGUGGCCGAAUAUAUCACCGUCUUCCACGCCAGCUGUUCACCGGCACCACCUGCCGCGUACAACGACAGCCUGCGCAACUGGAGGCAGAGAAUCUGUGAGACAGAGUUAAAGGGGAGCUACUACGACGAGGACGACCAGUGCCAGGUGGUGGAUCCCGUUACUGCGGACACCAAGAAGGUCUACCACCCAACCCUAGGCGCAGCAGGUCAGCCCAACAUUAAGACGAGAUGCACCUGGUCAUGAUGGAGUAUUAGUGAAAGCAACGUAGAAUCCGAAAGAUAGACUCUCAAUAAACUGCACCCUCAGC